GCUACAGACGCUUUUAAACGCACACCUCUCCAUUAUGCUGCUAUUAAGGGUCACAAGGAUAUCAUUGAUAUGUUUAUCACGAACGGAGCCAAUCUUGAUUUAAAGGAUCGCUAUGAUCAGACACCUCUUCAUUUGGCUACUGAGGAUGGACACAGGGUUGUCGCUGAAAAGCUUAUCAGCAACGGAGCCAAAGUUGAUAUUGCAGACUAUUAUGAUCAAACAGCUCUUCACUUAGCAGCCAAGAAUGGUCACAGGGAUGUCGUUGAAAUGCUCAUCACGAAAGGAGCCAAGGUUGAUUCUAUAGACGAAGAAAAGCGGACACCUCUUCAUUAUGCUGCUAUGAAUGGUCACUUGGAUGUCAUUGAAAUGCUUAUCACGAAAGGAGCGAAAGUUGAUUCAAUGGACGUUCAUAAGCGGACACCCCUUUAUUAUGCUGCUAAUAAUGGCAACUUACAGAUCGUUCAAAUCCUUGUCGCCAAUGGAGCCAGUCUUACUAUUACAGAUUAUCGAAAUCAGACACCUUAUCAGAUUGCUUUAUAUAAUAAUGAAAAGGAGGUCGCUGACUAUCUUAAGGAGGUUGCAGAAAAAAGACGCCAUGGACACAAGUGAAAUCAAUCGAAAAAUCAGAUGUUUUCCUUUGAGUUCCGUUGUCAUGUAGAAC